UCCUUAGCAGCCAUCGACGGCGACGCGGUCUGUUCCAGCAGACUAAUCUCCCGUAAACAACCAUAGGGCAGCUGUAAAUACGCCUCGGGGUGCUGCUACAGUCCUUGUAAUUCCUUUUGGGAGAGUCAGAUAAGACCUAAGGAACAGAGGUGCCCUCACGUGAGGGACUCAGACACCUACGCUCGUGUUGGAAGAAGGGCUGCCAGCUCUUCUGGAGUAUCUCACCAGCUUCUCUUCCCCUCCACCUCCCGUCCCUGGCAAACACGUGUGACGCUUUUGUCAUUGAAAAGCGCUGCUCUGAAAAUUAAGCGUGUCAGUUGAAGAUCUCGCCCCGUGGACGGGUUGCAUGGAGUUAACGUGUGUGGAGAGACCGGCGCGUGCGUACUUGUCUCUGGGUGGACGGACAGACCUGGAAAGGAAAGAACAAGCAUUAGAGCAACUGAGAAUGGACUGUGAGCACUUUAAAGCCCGCCUGGAGACCGUGCAGGCCGACAGCAUGAGAGAGAAGAAGGAGAAACUCGCUCUCCGACAGCAGCUGAAUGAAGCAAAGCAGCAACUCCUGCAACAGGCAGAGUACUGUACAGAGAUGGGGGCGGCAGCCUGCACGCUUUUGUGGGGUGUCUCCAGCAGCGAGGACGUCGUCAAGGCCAUCCUGGGAGGAGAUAAAGCUUUGAAGUUUUUCAACAUCACUGGUCAGACAAUGGAGAGUUUUGUGAAGUCACUGGACGGGGAUGUCAAGGAGCUCGAUUCUGAUGAAAAUCAGUUUGUGUUUGCUUUGGCUGGGAUCGUAACAAAUGUUGCUGCCAUAGCAUGUGGUCGAGAAUUCUUGGUUAAUUCAAGUCGGGUGCUGUUGGACACCUUUCUGCAGCUUCUGGGAGACUUGAAGCCAGGACAGUGCACGAAACUCAAAGUGUUACUGCUGAUGUCCCUGUACAACGUGAGCAUCAACCUGAAAGGCCUGAAGUACAUCAGCGAGAGCCCGGGCUUCAUCCCGCUGCUUUGGUGGCUUCUGAGCGUAACUCUUCAAAAUGUACACAUCACUCUUCGCUCCCGGCCUGCACAGAAGUGGUUCCCGGGCUGCAUUUGGCGUGGUGUGGCCUGGUGUGCUGGGCUCUGUGGCUCUACGGUCAUGGCGUCGGCUUGCGGACGUGGCCUCUCGUUGUGCUGGGACGUCCGUGGGGACCCCGACGCGGAGGUGUGCCUUCAUGCGCUGCGGCUCGUCCAGUCUGUGGUCCUGGAGCCGGAAGUCUUCUCCAAGUCUGCCUCCGAGUUCCGGAGCUCCCUGCCCCUGCAGCGCAUCCUGGCCAUGGCCAAGAGCCGUAACCCCCACCUGCAGACCGUGGCCCAGGAGCUCCUGGAGGACCUCCGCGCCCUGGAGCGUGACGUGUAGGGGCGCGCGUGUGUCCCUCCCCCGCCCCCAGGUCCCCACUUUGUAUUCUGGAACCAUCACCGCGUGCCAUGUGUCCCAGACGGUAGACCGUGAGUGACUCAAGAGGGACGUGAAUGCAUAUGUAUCCACACAACUUCCUCCUGGAAGCAGAAGUUCCUGUGGGUGGCUGGGUGACCUUGCCAAGGUGCCCGUGGAACAGUCCAUCCUUCCGGAAAGGCCCAUGUCCUGUACCUAAAAGAGGGCCGCCUUAGAGCGGCCCCUGCUGCUCAGGAGACUUUCUGAGACCUGUGGGCUCCCCCGUACAAAGGGGGGUGAAACGAUCACCUGCUCCACCGGUCAGCAUUUUCCUGAGAUACAUGGUUUGAAAAACAAUUCAUUCUCUCUUUAGUAAUUGUAAUUAAUACCUAAAAUGCAAGUUUACCUUUAAAGCUUUGGUGAACCUGCUAUUUCAGGUGACAUUGGACAUUUUAGUUCUUUUUUUUUUUUGCCUGUUUUAUUUUUGAAUAAAGAAAGCCAGAAGAGUCA